AUGUCAGCACCUCCAGCUGAGACGGAUAUUCCGGCGGAAAGACCGAUUCCCACCUUGGUCGGGUCGAGAUCGAGUUUUCAGCUUCCGGAUGAAGGCAAAACACAGGGCCAACCAGGUGAGUCUUGGCCUUUACUAACCCCCCAAUCUGUGGAUGCCCCUCCCUCAAUGCCCAAAUUUUCACAGCCAGGCCUUCCUGCCAUGCGCCAUAGCAUAAGCGAGCAGUUGGGCUCGAAUGUACCUUUAGCUAUGCAGGAAUGUAUCUGGAAAGGGGAGUUUGUGGAGCUGGGGGAUCUGCUAAAAGCAGGAUCCCCUACAUGUAACGAUAUGACCCUCACAUUAGAUCAGGCUAGCGGGGGAUUUCAACUGCGCCCCCAUCCUCGGCUGAUAGCCAUCCGCUCUAUCGAGCAAUGGACGAGUGCGAUGCUCAUUUAUCUUUCGAUAUAUGCAGAGCGUCAAAACGAAAGAUGUCGGGAGCUACUUAAAUAUACGAGUGUGGUAAGGACGGCAGCGGCCUCCAACUAUAACUGGCGCGACUAUGAUGUUCAGUUUCGGCUACGCCACACGACUCAGCCGGAAUUAUCAUGUGUAGUCGUGGAUACAGAAUUGUGGUUGCUAGCAGCAACGGCACAGCCCUUUCGAGCAUACGGGGGAGGCCCAUAUGCUACCCAGGGCUUUCCCAGCGGAGGUCGGCAGCGACAACUCUCAUUUCGAGGGAAGAGGAACUCCAGCCAAAGCCGGGGGGCUGGCCAGUCCACUAACAAGCACGGGCCACGGCUCGGCUUGUGUUUUGCAUUUACUGCUAGCCGGUGCAACAGAGGAAAAAGCUGUCAGUACCGGCACAGCUGCAACCACUGCGGUGACCAUUCCCAUGGAGAGAUCGCAUGCCCAUCUGUGGAGCAGCUUUAUACUGAACGACAAGUCCUGUUGAGUUCUUCACGAGCCCAGAAAAUAUGCGCACAUACGACAUGGCCUGGUCUGCUUUCCAGACAUUUAGGGGUGAUUACCGUUUUGACACAUUGCAAAGGCCUAAUAUUGAGCAAGUUGCGUUAUUCGUUGCAUAUGUCUUGGCACAAAUAUUCUGCUAACACAAUUGCCGCAUACGUAUCAGGACUCUCAUUUUAUCUGCGCAGUAACAACAUGGAAGAUAUUACCCAAUCAUUUCCAAUUAAACGAUUAAUUGAUGGUUGUAGACGUCGUCAUGUUCGAAAAGACCCUACUACUAUUCAACAAUGACAGAGGCGCAAAAAGAAGAGGUCAUUGACUGGUUAUUAAAAGGCAAUACCUCCAUCUACUUUAAAGAGAAUGACAGAUUAUAAAGACUUGCAGAACAAAAAAGCUUUGGGAGGACAAAGCUGUUGACAUGGGCGUUGACGUUGCAGUCCUUAAAAGCUUUUUUUCUAAUGUAUUUUAUUUCUUUAUGUAUUUCUGUGUUUUUUCAACUUUAUGUUUUUUGUUUUUUUUUAUGGAAAUCAUUGGCAACACUAUUUUCAUUUCUGUCAUAAAUAACAUGAAAUCCAUUGCUUUCAAUCAUUGAAAUUAAAGGAAACCAUAAGUCUUGAAUUUAUAUCAUAUUAUAUUUUUAGGGGUUAAAAUUUGCUCUAAGUUGAUAUAUCAAUCGCCAAAUUUGACCCACGGGGUGAUUCACAUUGAACUUGCAAAGAAUCUCAAAAUCAUGCAUUAUUCACGUCGUCUGCUGUCAUGGGGGCAGCCAUGUUUUCUUUCUCGAGCUCGCUUGCAACGUAUUUGUGGACAACUCAAUCGCGCGUGCUGUCAGUUCUCUACGUGAAGAUGGUGCUGUGCCAAGCUUUCGGGCGUUCGAAUCGGAGCGGAAUAUGUCGGGAAAAAAGUUUUCACCCGAUUCCCGAUCCAAACAGCGAUGCAGGAUUGUGCAAAAAAUGGUUAGCUGCCAUUCGUGUGGAGAAAUUCAAUCCGAAUUCGUACCAGUAUGACAGAAAUAAUGUGAUCUGUAAUGAUCACUUCACGGCAAGCGACUUCAUGGAGGACAUUCGUGCACGGCUGAUGAAAACGAAACCAAGGAAAAUGUUGAAAGAAGGUGCUGUUCCUUCCAUAUUCGCUCAUCGGGCUCCUCCGAAAGUGAGAAGGUCAACAGAGAUGCUGUCUCAAAGAUCUGCAAAACAGGUUAGUAUAGUUUGAUGCUAAAAUUAUAAAUAACCAGUUUGAAAAAAAAAUUAAUGUUUGUAUUAUCUUUGCGUGGGUGCGCCCUUGCUUACGAAUGGGGCCGGGGCCCAUACACAGAGCUCUAGCUCUAUCCGCCCUGCUAGCGCUCCCUGCAUUCUGAACGAAAACACGGCUGUCAGCAGCUCCAUGCAACUUAUAAGGCGCUGAUCUGGCUGCGUGAUGCUGGACGUCCAGACAACAGGCCGGAAGCUCUAAUUUUUUGCGCUAGAGUCAGCUGCUGAUUGAGGUUGAGUGAUGAUGUCGCAGGUGAUAUAGAAAUAGAAUAGAUCUAAAAUGAAGAUGCAUGUAUCCUAUUAUCAUAUUAUACGUGAGAUUAUACACUCCAACAAUAAAUAAAUCUAGAAUUCUAGAUCUUAAAGUUAUAAUUUGGAGAUUUGGAAAUUUUAUUCAGAUUUUCAAUCUGGGCUUGAGGUAAUACAGGCCAUUUGUUUUCACCAACUGGGGAAUAAACAGAAGGGAGAGCUAGACACCCUCAUCCAGAGAAUGGAUUUCUGGGGGAUCCGGAAAUUUGCAGAGGCACAUCCAGGUAUUAACUCUAUGUAACAAAUACGUUGUGGAAUUGGAUGUUUUUACUGUACUGAAAUCUUCAUGUACUGGUAUCACUUUCUUGCUUUUCAAUUCUCACUCACGAACUUUUGAGUUCAACUGUAUAAAAUCAUUCUAAUAUGUAUUAUGUGAUUUGUAUGGAUUCGUCAAAAUUGAUCUGUCAAAUAUUUUUGAUAUGUUUUAAACAAUGUGUGAAUAAAAUGAGUUGAAUAAUGUGUAAAUUCAUAUUCUUUAAUGUUUGUACAAUGGUUGCUUUACAUGACAUUAUAUAAAAAAGAAUGUCAAGCGGAAGAAAAUAAAUGAUGAAUUGAAUCAUCGACCUCUUCACAUCACCUGUAUGCUAUACAAGCUUUAUGUUCUCUACCAAACCGGACUGAACUGAGACUAAAUGGCCUUGGAUAUGGUCACAAGAAGUUCUAUUCUACAUUGAAAACAAAAGCAUCAACCAUACAUCUGAUUCUACUCGAUACUCGCACCACAGUCCGACAAAACCAGACUAGACAGAGACUUAAUAGAGAAGAAUACCAGUAGAAGUUCUAUUCUCAUCUGAAUGAAAUGGCAUCAACCUUUAAAGGUACAUCAGACUCUACUUACUACCCUCACCAUGGUAAAAGUAUGGAAUGGCCAAGAAGAGUGCAUUUCAUUUUAAACUGGAAAAUAUGUGGAGAACUAAAGAAAUACACGGUAGACAUCCAUAGCUUGCCAUAACGUGCGCCCAAACAAGAUGCGUGCGUCCCCACGAUUGCGUAUGUUCAUCUAUGGGUUGCGGGUAUCUCAUUGAAAACAGUCUUUGACAUACAUGUACCUUCCAAGUACAGAAACAGGUACAUGUAUAGUACUUGUAGUAUUUUAACAAGUGGUAAACCAUAAACCUUCAUGUUUCUGGACAAUCAUGCAU